UUCUCGGAAUGCCCCUAAAAUGUGUCCCAUUUUUUGGCAAUUUCUUAACCGCCUUUUUCGUCGCGGGUUUUCUUCCUAUCUGAAGCCCCAGUUCUCCUGAAUUUACAGCGAACGAGUUUGAGUGCGGUUUUUCUGGUCUCUUUUCCCCUUCUCCAUUGCUACUCAGCAUUUUGGUACAUCGAAAUCUUUGGAUUCAGCUUGUUGCAGUUUAAUUAGUUGGGGAAAUUUCUUGGCGAAGGAAUUUCGAAAAGUAGGUCUUUUGAGGGUGGAGGAAAAGAGUGGAAAACGAAGAUGGUAUUUGGGCAAGUUGUAAUCGGUCCGCCUGGUUCAGGAAAGACUACCUACUGUAAUGGCAUGUCUCAAUUUUUGCAACUAAUCGGAAGGAAGGUUGCUGUCAUUAACUUGGAUCCUGCUAACGAUUCAUUACCCUAUGAAUGCGCUGUAAACAUUGAGGAUCUGAUCAAGUUAAGUGAUGUGAUGAUGGAACAUUCUCUUGGUCCCAAUGGAGGCUUGGUUUAUUGCAUGGAUUAUCUGGAGAAAAAUAUAGAUUGGUUGCAAGCUAGAUUGGCACCUCUUUUGAAAGAUCAUUAUCUCCUAUUCGAUUUUCCAGGACAAGUUGAAUUAUUUUCCCUACACUCCAAUGCCAAGAAUGUUAUAAAGAAACUCAUUAAGAAUUUGAAUCUGAGGUUGACUGCAGUGCAUUUAGUUGAUGCUCAUCUUUGCAGUGACCCUGGGAAGUAUGUUAGUGCACUGCUGCUCUCUUUAUCAACCAUGUUGCAUCUGGAUCUCCCACACGUUAAUGUCUUAUCUAAGAUUGAUUUAAUUGAGAACUAUGGAAGGCUAGCUUUUAAUCUUGACUUCUAUACGGAUGUGCAAGACUUAUCAUACCUACAACAUCAUCUUGACCAAGAUCCUCGCUCUGCCAAGUACAGAAAGCUCACUAAGGAGCUUUGUGGUGUAAUUGAAGAUUUUGGUUUAGUCGAUUUUACAACCUUAGAUAUCCAGGAUAAAGAGAGUGUAGGAAAUCUAGUUAAGCUAAUAGACAAGACCAAUGGGUACAUUUUUGCUGGUAUGGAAGCAAGUGCAGUUGAAUUCAGCAAGAUUGCAGUUGGUGCUACGGAUUGGGACUAUUACAGAGUUGCAGCAGUGCAAGAGAAGUACAUGGAUGAUGAAACUCUAAAGUUCGAUGACUGAUGACUAAGAUUAAUAUAGAUUUUCUGCCGAGGAAGUGCACGUAUUGGUGAACUGGUCACAUCUGCAUUCACGUGCAUUGACUGUGCAUAAGUUCCCAAGCGUGGCGGUUGAACUGCAGCAAUGUUUAGUGUCUUAUCUCUUGUGCUGUGCAGCAGCAAAUGUUCUUCUCAGCCAUAGUGCCUGGUAAGAUGGUGAGUGUUAUAAAUGUGCAAAUUCCCUGUCUCUUUAUAGUUUUUAAAAGCAUGUGGUUCGGAGACUACUAUAUUUAGUCACUCGAGUAUGACUGUGUUGUGCUCCAUGGUGUCAAGUUGAACAACUAUUGCCCCAUCUUUUGGCAUCUAUUUAUGAUUUUUCCUCUCUUUUGCUUU